AUGAGGUCGACUUCGGGAAGAAGGGCGCGACUGAAGAAUCCAGGUUUGAAAAUGGAGAUGUAUGAAACUCUCGGAAAAGUGGGAGAGGGAAGUUAUGGAACAGUCAUGAAAUGUAAACAUAAGGAUACUGGGCAGAUAGUGGCCAUUAAGAUAUUUUAUGAGAAACCAGAAAAAUCUGUCAACAAAAUUGCAACGAGAGAAAUAAAGUUUUUAAAGCAAUUUCAUCAUGAAAACCUGGUCAAUCUGAUUGAAGUUUUUAGACAGAAAAAGAAAAUUCAUUUGGUGUUUGAAUUUAUUGACCACACAGUAUUAGAUGAGUUACAACAUUAUUGUCACGGACUGGAGAGUAAACGACUUAGAAAAUACCUGUUCCAGAUCCUUCGGGCAAUUGAAUAUCUUCACAAUAAUAAUAUCAUUCAUCGAGAUAUAAAACCUGAGAAUAUUUUAGUAUCCCAGUCAGGAAUUACUAAGCUCUGUGAUUUUGGUUUUGCACGAACUCUAGCAGCUCCUGGGGACAUUUAUACGGACUAUGUGGCCACACGCUGGUAUAGAGCUCCAGAAUUAGUAUUAAAAGAUACCUCUUAUGGAAAACCUGUAGAUAUCUGGGCUUUAGGUUGUAUGAUCAUUGAGAUGGCCACUGGAAAUCCCUAUCUUCCUAGCAGCUCUGAUUUGGAUUUACUUCAUAAAAUUGUUUUAAAAGUAGGCAAUUUGACACCUCAUUUACAGAAUAUCUUUUCCAAGAGUCCCAUUUUUGCUGGGGUGGUCCUUCCUCAAGUUCAACACCCCAAAAAUGCAAGAAAAAAAUACCCAAAGCUAAAUGGAUUGUUGGCAGAUAUAGUUCAUGCUUGUUUACAAAUUGAUCCUGCUGAGAGGACAUCGUCAACUGAUCUUUUGCAUCAUGAGUAUUUUACUAGAGAUGGAUUUAUAGAAAAAUUUAUACCAGAAUUGAGAGCUAAAUUACUACAAGAAGCAAAAGUCAAUUCCUUCAUAAAGCCAAAAGAGAAUUCUAAAGAAAAUGAACUUAUGAAAGAUGAAAGGAAAACAACUUCUACCAAUACACUGUUAAGUACUCCAAUUUUGGGAAAGGAAAUGGAAAAAGAGAAAAGGCCCAAGGAGAUCAAAGUCAGAGUUGUUAAAGUCAAAGGAGGAAAAGGAGAUAUCUUAGAAUCAAAAAAGACAGAGUGUGAAGGUGGACAUUGUCAACAGGAUGCAAUUGAAAAUGUUCAUACUAUAUCUCAAGACACAAAAUCUAUAAUCAGUGAACUACCAAACCCUGUCAAUCCCAGCACUAACUCUAAUGGAAUGAAAAAUGAUCCACAUGCUGGAGGUAGUAUGAUGAUGCCACCUAUCAAUCUAACUAGCGGUAAUUUGGUGGCUUCAAAUCCCAAGUCAAAUCUUUCCCACUCCAAGAGCCAAAUGGAGAAGGGUAUAUUUAAUGAGCGAACAGGUCAAAAUGACCAAAUAGCAAAUGGAAACAAAAGAAAGCUGAAUUUUUCCAGAUCUGACAGGAAGGAAUUCCAUUUCCCAGAACUGCCUUUCACGAUACAGCCCAAGGAGAUGAAAGGAACGGAAGCUUUGGGGUUUGGUGAAACUGGAGUUCUUGGUUUUCAAAAGGAGCACGUUCUUGCUAGAGGCCACAGCAAGACUGCUAGUGAACUAAAAGUUAUAGCUGCCACUAUGGAAUUUUGGAUUCCUUGUGACCAGUGA